AUGAAUGCUACCAAGAGGAAGUUCAAUGCCUUGUUGCAGGGUCUCGGCGCAAAGCCAACGCCGCAACCAUCAUCAGCAGAUGGCCAAAAUAACAAAUCUCCCUCGCCAUCAAAUCGCCCUUCGACUCCAACUUCAAAUCAAGCACCCAACGAUACAUCUACCCCGAUCCAAAGCAUGGCUCCGACAGGAAUACCCACAACACCCAGCGACAUAUUCAAGCGCCGACGUGUAGGCGUUCUUGAAUCACCAAGCAGCAAUGAAAAUACAGGUGCAACUACUAUUUCGAACGUUGUCUUGAAGAAGUGGACGCCAGGAGGUAUUGCCGUCUCUCCUAGCAAGUCUCCCAGCAAAGAGACAAAAACAGAACCGGCCAGGUAUUGUCCUAGUGAUCGCGACGAGUUAAUACGACGACUUGGGACUUUCCAAGAGCUGACCGAAUGGACGCCGAAGCCAGAUAAGGUCAACGAGAUCGAAUGGGCGAAGAGGGGUUGGGUCUGUCGGGGGAAAGAACGUGUGCAGUGCACAUUAUGUCACAAAGAGUUAGUAGUCAAGAUCAACAAGAGGGAGGUAGACGGCAAAGAAGUUCCAGUUCUUGUAGGGUCGGAUAUUGAGGAAGCUUUGGUGAAGAGAUUCGUCGAGUUAAUUGUCGAUGCGCACCAAGACGCUUGUUUGUGGAGGAAACAAGGAUGUGAUAACACUUUGCUCAGACUACCUCUGGCCAGCCCUCCAAGUGCUCAUGCUUCUCUACGCCAACGAUACGAUGAGCUUUGCGCGCGACAGUCGUUUCUCCCAUACCUCUUCAAUCUGCGUCUACCUACAGAUCUAGAUCUACAAGCCAUUAAGUCACAGCUUGGCCCAACCUUCUUCACCCAACCUCCGCCACCAAACACCAACCCAUCAGCUCCAAAUGACGUAGCUCUUGCUCUUGCCCUUACUGGCUGGCAGGGUCUCACAAACCCACGUAUUGGCGCAGUGCCGAACUCGGCAAGCUGUGCUACAUGUCUACGUCGUCUUGGUUUAUGGAUGUUCAAGAGCAAGGAGGUGGACGAAGCAACAGGACAAAUCAUUGUUCCAGCUCCUAUGGAUUACCUUGAUCCUGUGCGCGAGCACCGAUUCUUCUGCCCUUGGCGAAACGCUGCCACCCAACAUAAUCCAGGUGCCAAGACAGCAGACAACAAGGCUGCUUGGGAGGUGCUUGUGCAAACAAUCAAGAAUCACGCUUACCUUCGCAUGCAAUCGGAGAAAAGCAGCUAUCGCAAUAUUCUUCAUCGCCCCACGGCCUCAGUUCCAGUUACGCCAUCCAAGAGCGUUCAAACUACGGAUGAUGGUUCACCUAGGGUAGAUGAGGAAGACGAAGAUACCACCGCCAGAGAUGCAAAGGACAAGGAAAGAUGGGCACGACUAAGGAGAGUCAAGAGUCUGUUCAAUACGAAGAACGGGAAGAAGUUGCAACGGACACCAAGCCGUCCAGGCACUGCUUCGAGCCGUCCUCCUACUAGGCAGUCCAGGGGGGGUAGUGUACCACCUGAGACGGUUGGAGAGAAGAAUUGA